AUGUCCGCGCUCGGAUCCACCACUUCCCCCCCUCCUUUGGAGAAUGAAGCUCUUGAAGAGACUUCGAUCAACCCCCCGCAGAACAGUAGAAUCACCAGGACGGUCGCGAUCAUAAAAACUCACGCGUUGGAACAUCGAUUCGAGAUUGAACACCGAAUAUCCGAAGCUGGGUUCGAGAUCGUAAAGGAGAGGCAGAUGGAAUUCGACACCGAGACGGAUCCGGACACGUUGUUUGAGUUAUUUGGGGACGAAUAUGUAUCGUUCGCGGAGGGUCCUGUCUGGGUUUACGUCCUCGAACGCCGUAAGGCCGUCGAAGUGUGGAGCACGCUCAUGGGCGACUUUGACCCAGAGGUCGCUCGUCAGGAGACCCCCAGCGCAUUGCGUGCCGUCUACGGACUCUCCUCCAGCCAGAACGCAGUCAUGGGCUCUCCGGAUGCACAGACUGCUGAAAUUCAGAUCGAAGCCAUCUUCGCGUCCUCGCCUCCAUUUCCCCCGACCGAAUUGCCCGAUCUCGGCGAUCCUGUCCCUGCAGGCUCUCUCCGCUCCGUUUCCUCUUCUGUACUUUCUGCGCUGCGCAGAGAAAGCUUUGACGAAGGCAGCAACCACUCCACUGAAGGAAGCAAAGGCAAGGGCAAGGUGUUCAAAGCCAGACCUUUGCCUUCCACCCACGCUGCUCCAGAUAUCGCCCCACGUAUGUCCCGUGCCGCAGCCCUUCGUGCGGGCCUUCCGGUCGAUAAGGCUGUGCAUACUCCCCCGACUAAAGAGCGGCUCGCAAAGACAUUUGAAAAUGUUCCCGGUCAUAAACGUUCCGAGACUAUCAAAGUCGCAUCGACCGCGCCGCCCGUCGUCGCACCCCGCAUGACUCGGGCAGCGGCCCUCAGGCUGGGACAGGCUCCCCCAGAGAAAACGAAGCGUCCCUCUACUGCGGGCGCUGUCCCCCACCAGGAGAACAAAUCCACGUUCGAAGGUGUGCCUGGGCAUAAGCGUCGCGAGUCGAUAGCGGUGGCGAGCACCAGACCUCCGUCUGUUACACCAAGGUCCAACCGGAGCGCGAGCUUGCGCCAGCAGAAAGAAGCCGCUCCACCCUCGUCGUUCAUGUUUCGACUGCCGUCGCAGCAGACUCCAUCUCGGUCUUCUUCCCGUAGUUCCUUGGAUGAAACCAGUUCCACCACCCUCUCGCGCCCCGCGUCCGUUGCGUCGGUCCACACCACUAGCCGCCCCGUUCAUAGUCGUGUAGUAUCAACUUCUACCCCUCGACGAUCUACAUUUGUCUCCCGCCCUUCCACUUCUGCCGGCGUCAUGGCUGCCGAACCAAAGCAGCCCAAUGGCAGCAAAGGGAAGUCUGAGACGAUGGAAAAGGCGAAGGCGCGGCCCCCUUCGAUCACGCCGCGUACGAACAAGAGUGCUCUGUUGCGUGCCGCGAAGAUGGCGAACGCUGCUACUCCCACGGCAGGGAAGGCUAAGCCAGCUCCGGCUGCUCCAAGGUCUGUGAAGGUAUAG